AAGUUACUCCACGUUAGUCGUACGAUCUCAUUCGCUGUGUCGGGUUGAUCGGCAUCAUCGUCAGCUGGUUAGCGUCACCUUCAAUCGCAAAUUGUUGUGGUUGUUGUUUUUGUUUUUAUCCAAACGCGUUUUGUGCAACUGCAGUGAGCUUGAUAAAAUAUAAAUUACAUUAUUAUCGAUAUCGCGUUGUUCUUUAUCGUGGACACAUACACCCACACACACACACAUAUAUGGAUGUUGUUUUUUUUUAAUUUUGUUCCAUUUUAUUUAAAAAAAAAAAACCCUUGAGACCCUGAAAAACCGGCUUGAUAAAGAAAAAUAUUCAUGGAACACCUGCUAAGAAGAAUGAAAAUUUCCAGCAUAUAUUUUUGAUGAAGAAAUUAUUUAAUUUCAAGUAUUUAAAUAAUAAAUUUUGUGAAUUUAAAAAACGUGAUUUGUGUUAUGUUUUAUUACGUUGUGAUAUAAAAAUUAAAACAAGAAAAAAAAAUAAUUAUUAUAUAUUAAUAAUUUAAUAAAAAAAAAAAAAAAAAUCAAAAAAAGUGUUAAAACAAUGUCAUCGAGUGGUGAAUUUUCAACACUGUCAAGUGGUGAAGCAACUGGAACUGGAGAUGAUUCAUUGCCAAGUUCACGUGAAGCAACUGGUGAAGCAUCUGGUUCAACAAAUGGAUUUGUGUCACUUGGUGAAUUUUUGGAACGUUUUUCAUUACCAAGAGUUGUUAGAGUUGAAAAUGGUGGUGGUCGUCCAAUACUAUUGUAUAAACAACAACAACGUUCAUUACGUGUAACAGCAACUCUACUUAUGCAUCGUUAUCGUCAUGAUGUCAAAGUUGGACCGGAAAUAGUCAUACCUGAGGGUUAUCCUGGAUGGUUCUCUGUUGUUUCAAAUAAUACUGGAACAGGAAGUGCUAGAGUCUACAGAAGAAUUGGCGCACUUGUAAAAGCUGGUGUUCCGGCUUUUCUUCUUGCAAAGCCACUACGUGCAUACACUCUCACUCAUUCGAAAACAGAAAAUGGUAAUUUACGGGCACAUUAUACAAAAACAACUGUACGAGCUGGUGAAGUACUGAGAUUAGCAGCUGUUUUUCAAGAUACAAGAAGAUCACCAGUAUCAAGUAGUGUAACAAGUGUAACAACAGGAUCAUCAGAAAAAAAAAGUUCAAGAUCAUCAGAACGUGAUCAAUAUGCACAAUGUUUAGAUUCACAGGGACAUGAAUUAUUUGCUCCUCUUUCAUCUCGUGGUGAAUUUUAUGCAACAUGUCAAAGUGGAAGUCUUGAUACUGGAAGUGAUGCUGUACUUUAUCGUGUUCAUCAACUUGCUAGAAGAGAUUUACCACUCAGAGUAAGAUUAGUAGCGGGACCCCUGCCGAUACCACUGCCACGUGAUUAUACUGGAUUGAUGCAAUUUGAGGGCGCGACAAGGGGUCCCAUAGUACUUGGUUGUGCAGUACCACUUAUACCUGAACGACCAUUACCAGGUACAACAGUACCAGAAUUAUUGGAGCUUGUUGCAACUGGUCCAGGCGCACCCAGAGUUAAACGAGCACGACUUGGCUGUCCAUCCGAGUCUCGAUUGCUUGCCUCACCAAAAAUGCAACGAUUACUCUCAGCUUGCAGAAGAGCGUUAGAUCAACGAGCAACUGAGCCACGAGUAGCACCACCAAAACCACCAUCAACAAAUAUACAAUUAAAAGAAUUACAUCUGAAAGAAAUAAAAUCAAAACCAGAAACAAAGCCUAUAUUACAAAGUUUAAAAGAUGGUAUAGAACAUAUUAAAAAAACAACAAUACGAGAUAGAAGUCAUUCACGAAAUAAUGCACCAACAAAUCCAAGUUUUCUUGAAAGAAUAACAAGAAUAGCACAUGGUGGUCGUAGUAGAAAUCCAGCUAAAAAAUCAGCAUCAUUUACAUUUGCAGUAAGACCUGAAAUUGGUAUGAGAUCACAAGAACGUUAUGCAAGUCUUGAAUCAGAUGCAAAUUGUUUAGUACCAAGUGGUAUUUGUGGAUCUGGUUUAUUAUCACGACAACAAGUACAAAGAUCAGUAUCAACAAGUGUCUUGGAAAUACAACAAACACGAGCUGAUUUAGAUCCACCAUAUUCAAAAGUUAGAGACAGUUUAACACCACUUCCAUCAACACCACCAUUAAAAUUUGAAGAUAUUUAUACGGAAAUAUGUGAACCAACGAGAGAUCAUCGAUCCAGUAGAAAUCGUAAUACACAAGAAGCUAAAUCACCACCACCUAAAAUUGGAACAAAUGAAAAAGAUCGAGGAUAUGUUAAACUUACGUUAAAUUCAGAAAUUUCUGAUAUAUCAAACAGUACUGAAGAAGAAGAAGGAAUCUACAACACAGUUUGUUGAAAUAUAAAGGGGAAAAAAAAUACUUGAUUUGAAAUAUUUAAAAAGGUAAAAAAUUACUGGAUUUACUGAGGUCAAGGUUACCGGAAAGGAUUGCAUGUUAUACCACAGGAUUGGUUGUUCUGCAUACACGGAAAAGCGAUUAAUCAAUUAAAUCGUCACGAUUUAAUGCGUUUACCUGUUUUCCUAUACCAUCGUUCAAAUAGAAGUACACUAUUUAUACAAAAAAAAAAAAAAAAAGAAACGUUGACCCUGCGAGUUUACGCGUUGCGUGAUGCAAAAGAUCCAACUUCGACAUAUGAUUACGACACAUGUACUUGGUAUGGUAUUUUAUUUGCCCCAACCUGAGAAGGUAAAUUGCGUACAGUUCAUUCACGUGCUUGGAUAGAUUCCCCUUAUUCUCUUUGACUAUUUUUUUUUUAUUUUUUUAUUUAUUAUUAUUUCUUUUCUGUCAUCUCCAAUUUUGCUCUUUCCUUUCUUGAAUGAUCGUGAAAGGUGAAUAACGCCAGAAGGGACAAAUGUUAUUGAACUUGAAGAAUUAAAAAAAAAAAAAAUAAAAAACAUCAC